GUGACAGACGACAGUGUCACUGAUACGAGUAAGUCGGGACCCUAUUUUGCUUGAAAGUAUUUUUUAAUGCGGAUGUUUUAACAUUCUGGAUAAUAAAUGUUACACCAUUGAAAAAAUUAAAUAAAAUGAGUAGCGUUCCUGAAAACGCACCUAAUCAUUGCCCUGGUACUCAAAGCGAGGAUGCAGGCAAAGCCUCGGCGUGUGCUGGAUGUCCAAACCAGAACAUCUGUGCAUCGGGAGUGCCAGCCGGACCAGAUCCUGCUCUUGAAAUAAUCAAAGAGCGCCUAGCCAAUGUGAAACACAAAAUCAUAAUUCUCUCCGGAAAAGGCGGGGUGGGUAAAAGUACUGUCACCUCACUUCUGGGACACGCGCUGGCCAAACUCAAUCCUGAUGCAAAUGUGGGUAUACUAGACGCCGAUAUAUGUGGGCCGAGCCAGCCGCGCGUGCUCGGCGUCAGCGGAGAGCAAGUACACAACUCUGGCUCGGGCUGGUCACCUGUCUAUGUAACUGAUAAUUUGUCUUUGAUGUCAAUCGGAUUCCUAUUGGCUAGUCCCGAUGACGCCGUUAUUUGGAGGGGGCCGAAGAAAAAUGGUAUGAUUAAGCAAUUCUUAAGUGAAGUGGAUUGGGGGGACUUGGAUUACUUGUUAAUCGAUACACCGCCAGGCACGUCCGACGAGCACCUGUCCGUGAUCCAGUACCUGUCGGCGGCGGGCGUGUCGGGCGCGGUGGUGGUGACCACCCCGCAGGAGGUGGCGCUGCUCGACGUGCGCAAGGAGAUCCAGUUCUGCCAGAAGGUCGGCCUGCCCGUCCUCGGCGUCGUCGAGAACAUGUCGCUGUUCGUGUGCCCCAACUGCCAGGCGCGCAGCGAGAUCUUCCCGGCGACGACGGGCGGCGCGCGCGCCAUGUGCGCGGCGCUGGGCGCGCGGCUGCUGGGCGCGCUGCCGCUCGACCCGCUGCUGGCGCGCUGCUGCGACUCGGGCGCCGACUUCGUGGCCGAGCUGCCGCACUCGCCCGCCGUGCUGGCGCUGCGGGCGAUCGUGGCCGAAAUCGUUGCCUCGUGCGAUCGGCCCAAAAGUUCGUAGGGAACUCGGAUCUUGAGCGGCGCUGCGCGACGGCCGUGGAGCGACUGUUCCAAAAUGAUUGUUAUGCCUAGUCGAUGUACAAACGAUAGAUGAGACGAUGGAAUUUAUAAAUUAUAAUAUAAG